AUGAAACUUAUUGCUGAUGAUUUAUAUAUAAGUUUUGGUUUAUUUAUAAUAAUAAUAAGUACAAUUGGUAAUAUAUGUAAUUGUUUUGUAUUUAUAAAUAUAUCUCCUUUAAAUAAACAUCCAAAUGUAUUAUUUAUAAUAAGUACAUCAAUAGGAAGUUUAUUAUUUAUAAAUACUGAUUUAUGGACAAUUAUUAUUCGAAUAUUAACUGGAAUUGAUUUAAUGAAUUAUUCAUUAUUUUGGUGUAAAAUAAAUGGUCUUUGUCAAUAUUUAAUAUUAUUACCAAAUACAAAAUGGCAAAGGUUAAUAACACGUACGAGAGCAAAAUUAAUAAUUAUAUUAACAGCUAUUAUUUAUUUAUUAAUAUUUAUUCCAAUACCAAUAUAUUAUACGAAUUUUCAAUCAUCAACAUUAACAUUUAUUUGUAAAAGUUCAUAUGAAAUAAUAAAUAUAUACAGUAGUUAUUGGAUAAUGAUUGGUUAUUAUUUUCUUCCAGCUUUAUGA